GUAUAAGAUGAAACCUGAUGAUCGUUGUCUUAUUAAAUUAGGAAGCCAGGAUCAAUAUGCUAGCAUACAUUAAAAUGGCGUGGAGUGGCGUGGUUUUGAAACACUGAGCGAGUGCAAAUACAGAUACCGCCGGCGCUGGGUUUCAGCUUGUCCCUUUCAACCCCAACAGGCAACCUUCACAGAUUUGGCUGAUUUCCGAAAGAUAUAGAAAGAAGACAAAAAAUGUUGAAGUUCCUCUCAAAGGCAAAAAUUGAAUUCAACGCACUAGACCCACGCGUAGCCUCAUGUAUGGAGUUCUUAGCUCAAUGCAAUCCCCGCAAGGCCAAAGAAUCCAACCCUGCUUGCCAGGUUCUUGUCAAGCGCUGCACCGACGAUUUCCCACCACAGAUCACUGUCACUUUCGUCAACGGCGUCGUGGAAGCUUUCGAUGCCACUUCUACUCCUGCACAGGCCAUUAGGACCAUGAUUUUGGAAAAGGGUCAGCUUCUUGAAACCGAGCAAAUGUUUCGUGAGGCUGGAGAGAAGUGGCCUGUUAUUAUCCCUGAAGAAGAGUUCCACCAGUUUGCUCCCGGUACUAAGCCAAGGAAGGCAGAAGAGAAGAAGCAAUAAUUGUAUGUUGUCUGUUCUACUUGCUGCAUGGGAAACUCUGGAUGACCAUAAGCUCUCCCGGAGCAAAGACAACUUAAUUUUUUGCGAGUUAUACCCCCUUUGUAGGCCAUGAUUUGAACCAUGCUAGUGCUGCUAGCAACAUAAGUUUUGAUUCUCCAUGGAAGUGUUUCGUAUGUCUUGAUUUUGAAACAAUAUUGCUUAUUUGUUG